GAGCCAUGUUUUCAUAUUAAUUACCCUAAUAAAAAAAAUGCUAUUAUUGUGUGUUAAUUAAAAGGAAAACAAAACGAUGAUUUAAAAAAAACAGAACAGAAACUAAGCUAGGAAAUCUCAAAUGUGUGCGCAGAUUAAAUAUUAUAUUCCUAUCAAAAUAAAUAAAUACUUGUAUACUGUGCAAAAGAAAUGUAAACAAACACAGGUAGGCGCGUUUAGCGAGAACCAAUCACGAUGUAGUUAACAGCGCUUCUUCGGACACGACAAUCGACUAGCCGAAGUUUCAAGGUAUAAUGCGCUCUAACGGGUCGUCAAUUAGGGCUAUAUAAACCAGCAAUUUCUCAAUUUGUCAGGUCAUUCAGCACUUGUCUAUUGAUCAGCAAUCAUGUCAGGAAGAGGCAAAGGAGGAAAAGGUCUUGGAAAGGGGGGCGCCAAGCGUCACAGGAAAGUCCUUAGAGAUAACAUCCAGGGUAUUACCAAGCCCGCCAUCCGUCGUCUUGCACGUAGAGGUGGAGUCAAACGUAUCUCUGGACUCAUUUACGAGGAGACCCGUGGUGUAUUGAAAGUUUUCCUUGAGAACGUGAUUCGUGAUGCUGUCACCUACACCGAGCACGCCAAGAGAAAGACAGUCACAGCCAUGGAUGUUGUCUACGCCCUCAAGAGACAGGGACGCACUCUUUACGGAUUCGGUGGUUAGAUACUCUUAUCACCGUUUGUGCAUCCCAGCGCAA